GCGCCGGGGGCGGCGAUCAGCGCCGCAGCUGCGCCGGAGGCGCCCGAGACUCGGACGGGCACAGAGGGUCGAGGUUGGGCCAUCGAGCCAGGUCGGCGCGAAGGGUCUAAGCUGACCACGAGGACUCGCACCCAGACGCGAGGCCGCACCUUAGGCGCGGUGUUCAGCUCUGACCCGAGGUCGAGCCAAGCGGAAUACAAUAAAGUAAAAAUUAUACCAGGAUCAGGGGGUCACACCGAGAGCGGGCACCGAACCGAGGGCACGGGGGAACGAAGAUGGACGGGGAAACUCCGAUUCUGGGACUGAGAUCGAACCGGGACGUGGAACUGUUCUGAGCGCCUGGGUUUGAACCGGGACACGCGAGGUUCAGCGGCGACCAGGGAUUCGAACCUCAUUCUCAAACGGUCUGCGUGGAGAUUGAGGGACUGGAAGAGAAGUCGACCGAGUGGGGACGAGGCGAGGGGAGCUGAGUUGGGAGGUAGCUGAGCGGUUCGCGCCGACCCCGCACGAUGCUGCGGAGCGCGCUGCUGGCCGCGUGCUGCUGCUGCUACCUGGUCCUGGCGACACGCACAGCCCUUGGCGAGGCCAUACACGUGCCCCUCAGCCUGGCGGAGGCGAGCGGCACGGAGGGGGGCUCGGUGACCCUGAACUGCACGGGCACGGACCCCGACUUCUCGUGGCUCUUCAUUCCCGACCACGUCGAGUGCAAGGGCGACCCCGCGGAGCAGGACGUCGCGGAGCGCGUGCGCACGGAGCGGGCUGGGAAGCGCUGCGCCCUCACCGUCAGCAAUCUGCGCUUCACGGACUCGGGGAUCUUCAUGCUGCAAAGGGGCUCGGAGGAGUCAUCGGGGGACUCCUCGGGAGACCCCUCGUGGCGAGUCGAAUCGGACUGGGUGAAGACGCGGCUGCGAGUCUCGCCAGACUGCUCCGCGAAGGCUCGCAUCGUCGUGGACCCCCCAGGACCCGUGACCCCGUCGUCGAACCUGUCCCUGACCUGUCAGCUGGGCGAGAGGCCGGAGGCCACGGGCCCCCGCAUCACGUGGACGCUCAACGGCGCCUCGAUCCCCUCAGAGGGGGACAACUCGUCGAGCCCAGUCCGAAUCGUCGACUCGGGGCUCCGCGUCGAGAUCACGGACGUGCAGGCGCGACGCCAGGGCGCGUGGAAGUGCGAGGACGAGGAGGGGCGAGCGGCCGCCUCCUUCUGCCUCACGUUCUCCACCACCCACACCUCGAGCCGAUGGCGCUGUCCCGACCUCGCCACGGCGACCCCCGCCUCUCACACGACCGGGACGCAAGCCGGGGGACUCGUCGCCUCCGAGGGCCCGGCCACGACCUGGGCCCCCCGCGGUGGUGCCAUGGCCCCGGGACGCGAGUCCAGCGCCCCCGAUCGAGACCUCCCCGCGGGGUUCUAUCUGCUGGCGGGCGCCGCGGCGCUGGUGGUGCUGAGCGCUCUGCUGGUGUGGGCGGUGCGCAGGUCCCGUGCGAGCAAGGACAAGGAGGGCCACUCGAUCAUAGCAGGGACCCCGCACUUCCCGCAUCGCAGCAGGUUUCCCUUCGCCGCACAGGAGAGCUACGAGUCAGACUCGGGGGACGAGCGGCGCCUCUACGCGCUGGGACCUCCGCCCGAGCACCCGGAGCCGGUCUACGCCGCGGUGCGGCCGCACCCCCGCGGCCCCCCGCCCGCCCCGCCCGAAGUGAUGCUGCUGGUUGCGAGUCAGAACCAGGACACGUUCUAUGGCGACGGCGGACUGAUCCGCGUCAACCCCAUCUACCACUCCAUUGACCUGGACGGUGCUCGGGAGGAGCCCCCCGCGUGGCGGAGAGGAGCGCGGUUGUGCAGCAUGCGGGACAACCCUGCCUACGAGUCCGUGGACUCCGUGGACUCCGUGGAGCACAAAGCCAGCACCUGGGACGAGACGCGGGGAGGGGAGGGAGCGCGGUUGUGCAGCAUGCGGGACAACCCUGCCUACGAGUCCGUGGACUCCGUGGAGCACAAAGCCAGCACCUGGGACGAGACGCGGGGAGGGGAGGGGUUCUGCGCACCCGAGGAGUUCACGAGCCAGGACUGCAUUUACGAGGUUCUGAGGAUGUGACCCGCGCGGACGAGGCGAGGUGGAGCCGACACUUGCUGCUGCGGCAGCCGCAACGAACGCAGACGACGACGACGUUAAUGGCGAUGUUGACGAGGAUAGUGACGGCUGCGGUGGCCGAGUGCGUGGUGUCGGUGUCGGUGUUGCGGUGGUGCACGCACCGUUCCCUUCUGCCACCUGCGUCCGAUGACUCCCAGGCGUCGUGUCGGUGGACUUCUCCUACGCCCUCUCUUAGGUCGACUCAGCCUUAAACGAGUAUCUGAUAUCACGCGUGCCCACUGGCGACUGAAAGGCGGUCGGGCGGUGGAACGGGUUCGCACCACCCUCUCGUGCGCCCUGCCGCACCGAAUAGGUGCUCGCUAACAGGACUUGCCCCAACAAUGAUUUGAAAGGCUACACGGGGGACCUUUGCCUUCGCGACGUUCACUCACGACCACAAGCGCACGCGUCACGCGUGGCGGCCGCGCCGCGCGGGGCUCUCCGCAGCGCCCUCGGUCGGAGGCAUCUUCAGCCAGCAGUGGCGUGAGGGCGCAUUUGCAGGGCUGCGCCUUCACCGUCCACACGAAUGCAACCUCCUUCCUCUCGUUAACCGCAUCCUCAACCCGUAUCGAGAAAGACACGAAAUGCAAAUGAAUUUUCAAUAGCGCGUGUUCCUCUAUCGAGUGGGGGGGGGGGGGGGGGGUGCAAGGG